CUCUGGUACGCGUUCAACGUCGGGUACAAUGUCUACAACAAGAUGCUUUCCAAGGCGCUCGACUUCCCGAUGCUCAUCGCGCUGACGUCCCUCGGCGUCGGGCUGCUCUACUUCGUGCCGCUCUGGAUCCUGGGCCUGCGCAAGGCGCCGAAGCUCACGGCCGACGACGUCAAGGCGUGCACGGUGCUGUCGAUGCUGCACACCGUCGGCCACGUCGGCGCGGUCGUCGCCAUGUCCGCGGGCGCGGUGUCCUUCACGCACAUCAUCAAGGCGCUCGAGCCCAUGUUCAGCGUCUUCUUCGGCUACGUGCUCACGGGCAAGAUCGACUCGCUCAAGGUGAACAUCUGGCUCGUGCCGAUCAUCGCGGGCGUCGGCUGGGCGGCCGUCGGCACGAAGAUCAUGAACGGCGAGGACGUCUUCGGGGACAUCAACCCCGUCGCCUUCGGCGGCGCCAUGACGUCGAACCUGGCAUUCUCCCUCCGCGGGCUCCUGUCGAAGCGCGUCAAGGCGGAGACGAAGUCCGAGAACCUCACGAGCUCGAACUUGUACGCCGUGCUCACGCUCAUCUCCUUCUUCCUCUUCCUCCCCUUCGCCCUCGUGCUCGAGGGCAACAAGCUCGCCGCCGCGUGGCCGCCCCCGCUCGCGUUCGGCUACGAGCUCGUGCUCUGGACGGGCUUCUUCUACUACAUGUACAACGAGAUGGCCUACCUCGUCCUCGGCGAGGUCUCCGCGACGGCCCAGGCCGUCGCCAACACGGUCAAGCGCGUCGUCAUCCUCCUCGCGACCGUCGCCUUCCUCGGCGAGUCCAUGGACCAGAACAAGGCCGCGGGCGCCGCCGUCGCCAUCGGCGCGACGAUGCUCUACUCCAUCGCCAAGAGCAACGCGGCCAAGAAGUAG